AUGCCUACAGACUGUUUGCUGACGGUGCACGAAUCAUGUCAGGACGACCUAACGACUUGCAUUCACGUGAAGAAGUCACUAGGUGGCGCCACCAGCCAGUUCUACGCGUCGGCCGUGUCCGCGUCGUCGGCUGCUGAUCAGAUUGCUGCCGAGAGGCAAGUCUAUCAUGGCAUCGGCCGUGCAGGGCCAGGUUCAGCUGUCAGUACAAGCCAGGUUCUUCUCGGAGACGGCAGAGCGGGCGCACAGAAGAAAAACAUACAGCAGCAGCAUUCAGUAUCGACGGGAGCCCUGCUUGGGAGUUCACUCGAACGAUCUGCGACCAGCAGGAGCGCUGGAGAGUCGGCCGCUGCCAGGUCUCUCGCAAGCUCAACUAUCAACAGUGUGCGCUCGGCCUCGAUGGAGUCGCUGGAGGACAGCGGUUCGCUGGACCGGGCGGCGCGCGAGGACCCCGAUCUGAAGGCGAACGAGCACGAGCCCGAGGCGUGGAGUCUCACCGUCGACAAGAAGAUGCUGAAGAAGAUGAGUGCCAAAGACAUCAAGAGACAAGACGUGAUAUUCGAGUUGAUUCAGACGGAGAAGCACCACUGUCGCACGCUGAAGGUCAUGCAGAAGAUAUUCCUCGAGCCGAUGCGCAUCGAACUCAACUUCAGCAAUGACAUCAUCAACCGAGUGUUCCCCAACCUUGAUGAACUGCUUGAGCUGCACACAGCGUUCCUGCAGAACCUGCGUGAGCGGCAGCGGCACGCGGCCGCCAUUGACGAAAUCGGUGACAUCCUCGUUGAGUUCUUUGGCGGCGCAUCGGGUGAGGGUCUGAAGCACGCCUACGGCAACUUCUGCGCGCGCCGGCUCGAGGCAGACGCCGAGUACAAGCUGCUGCUGAAGACCGACCGCAAGUUCCAGGCGUUCGUUGCGUGCGCGUGGUUAGAGAUUAAGACGUGGGAAGAGCGCGCGCGAGUCGCUCCAGCCGUCGCUGGUCACGCAGGCAGCAACCGACUGAAGUCCCCCUCAUCUGUGUGUGACUUCCUCGCGCGAGCGAUGCUGGUGCGGUGGCGGCGACGGUGCGUCGUGAAGUGCGGCCGCCUGCUGGGCGGCGAGCAGCAGCGGCGGCUCACGUUCCGACCCAACCUGGAUCUGGACUGGCAAGUGCUGAGGAGCAUAGACGAAGCGAUUGCCUACCAUGAGAGACAGAAGCGGCUAGUGGAUAUCUACAAUCGCAUUGACUCCAAGUCUGUCGGAAUCUUCAAGGGUGGAAGGGGCUUCAAGAAAUCGGACCUGCUCUCGGGGAACAGGAAGUUACUACACGAGGGCAGGCUGUACUGGAAAACUGCACGGGGAAAACUCAUAGAGGUGCUAGCGAUACUACUGACGGAUGUGAUCUUCUUUCUACAAGAAAGCAAUCAAAAAUACCAGUUUGUGUCUCAGGAUGGCAAGAGCGGCGUCGUGUCUCUGCAAAAGUUGCUCGUGCGUGAGAAGGCGGGCAAGGAGGACAGCUGUGGUCUCUACCUGCUCAGCUCCAACCGCAAGGACCCGGAGAUGUACGAGAUGGUAUGUCCGUCGAACAAGCGCAAGAAGCUGUGGAUCGCGUCAAUCCGCAGCGCUGUCGAGACCUGUCCGCCCGAAGAUGAGGAUGAGCCAACCGAGAUGCAGCAGUUACAGCGCGGCAUGGCUGCACGGGCGGCCCGUUUGAAAGAGGUUACAGAGGAGCUUUCGAGGAAGGAUCGUGCGAUCGCCGUCAUCUGCGACGAGCGAGUGAAGCUCGUGGAGCGCAUGCUGGAGGCUGUCGGACGCGCCGAUGCCGUCAAGCUCGUCGGCUGGACCUACUCCAGCGAUGACGACGCACGCAAGCUUGACGUCAAGGAGAUCUCUCACCAGCUGCUGCUGGAGGUGACGCACAUGUCGGCUGCGCUCACCGGCGGCUCGGGUCUCUACCGCAGCGCCAGCAGCGCAGCCGAAUACGAAAGCUGCGUCUACAUCAGUCCCGCGCUGCCCAAGCGCGCCGAGACGUUCGGCGGCUUCGACAGUCCCGCCAAGGAACCGGCCGCUGUCAAAGCUGAAAGUCAAAAGAAAUCUAAGAUCUGCUCCCCCUUGGCGCUGGGGAGGAUUCUACGUAGAGACAGCCCCGUGCGGCGGCAUCACACGAUCGCCGGGGAGCGCGGCGGCGGCAGGGGGCAGCACCACCAGCACCAGCAGCAGCAUGUUAGGAGAGCAGCCACACUCAUUGGAAGCCCGGACGCGGACGCUAUAGCGAGUGUAUUGAAGAAGCGAGUGUCUGGCACGCCAGGGUUGCUGCGGGAUGAGGCAGAAGUCGGCACAGCUAGCCUCGGCACUAACAGCGACUCAGGAGGCUCUGAGCAGAGCGUUGACACGGCGGCGGCGGCGCGGGUUCAGCUGAGGCGGCGAGACAGCGAUGCCGACAUUAAAGAUCGCAUCAGCGUCGGACAGAAGGAGAACAGAGUGAGUCGCCGCAGCAGCAGCUUCCUGCCCGAGUUCUUCCAGCAGAAGCAGCGAUUAGUCGAGCGCAGCAGCGACGAAGCGAGCGACAAGCACGUCGCCGGCGAGCAGCUGACGGUCGGUGGCGCCCCCUUGCCGCUCAUCAUGACGCCGACGAAGGAGAGUGCCGCGUCGGCUCUCCAGGUCACACACUACAUCAACGCGCUGCUGAACGUGCUCAUACAGCAGCACACAGAGCUGGAGACGCUGCGAGUGCAGCUCAUGCAGAGUCAGGACCAGAUGGGCCGCAUGACGACCGAGAACAGCCGCGAGGCGAAGGAGCGCAAGUCGCAGUUCCGCGCCAACCAGCAGCUGGAGGAGCUACGCAACCUCCAGGAGACAAUCAACAAAGAACGAGUGAGGCACUGCACGGCGAGAAGAAGAUACAGCGCGACGAGUACGCAACAGCGACGCAGCGACAUACAGAAGCUCAAGUAUGACAGCCGUGUUGAGCAGCGCCAAUCUAGCGUCCUCUGGCGCGGCGUGCGGAAGCUCGUCGGCCGGCUCGUCGACAAACAUUCCACCGUGACAUGCACUACCGGCACAGAUCACGUGCCCCCUAGAGCGAGUUUGAGCGGCGCUGUCCGACGUGCAGCCCACGAGCUUCUCCGAGGAGGAUCACAAUCCCCGCUCCUCGCGACGCUGCCGGCGGGCGCACCCGCGCGGCGCGCGGCGAGCGCCUCGUGCAUUUCACAGCGCGAACGAACGAGGCGCGCAUGGCUCACAGCCAGAGCGAGGUGGCGCUGCCGCGGCAGCAGCUUCCAGCGAAGCUCGCCGCCGAGACCGUCGGCGACGCGAGCGCGGCGAGUUCUCGCCAGCCAGCAGCUUCAGCGCCGGCCAGAAGGUGUCGCCGGUGCAGCAGAUGCUGCCGAUGAAGCUGUCAAGCGGCGCGGCGGCGCGCGACGAAUCGCGCCAGACGCUGGUGCUGCAUGGUCAGCAGCUGCCGAUGAAGUUGGUCCGAGUCUAUCAGCAUGUCAAAGAGCCGACAAGGAAGCGGCAAUGGGGGGGGGGGCGAAACAUGCAAGAGCAAAGUCGACCCCAGAGGAGGUGAUCUACUUCUGA